AUCCGCUUGGGCUAACAGAGUUCAUGAUUGCACCAGUGUCAUAAAUUGUGGAGCCGACGCGGAGGGUGCGGGAAGGCUGCACACCAUGCGCUGUCAGUCCUGUCAAAACACGGAUGCGGCGAGCACGCGCGCAGGCUCUGUUUCCGAGGCGUGUCGAGGAACUGACUUUUAAAAUGCGCUCCAAUCCGCUCAAGCAAUUAGCGCGUCGUCUUAGAUAACGUUUCUCACCACCUUAUGCCUCGUCACAGUCAGGAAAGAGUAGUUGGUUCCAGACCCGACUGGUGGUCCUGUUGGAAAGCGAAGAAAGACAGCAGAGCAGUCAUGGAAGAGCCGCACGAUCCCGCCAGUCGGGACCCGAGAGAAGCGGACAGUGCGUCUCUGUCCCUCAGCCUGGUGUUUCCACAGCCACCUCUGCUGCAGCCUGCAUUGCAUCCAGCUCACAGGAACACUAACUUUUUCAUUGAUGACAUACUCAGGCCUGACUUUGGCUGCAAGAAGAAUCCGGGAACAGGAGCCAGGGAGAGGCCUAAUGACUCUGACCGGGACGGGCAGGAUAGGCCCGGAACUCCGCCCGGAACUCCAUGCCCUGACUCCAGUGAUAGCGUUUCCUCUUGCACUUCCUCUUCACUCUCGUCACCAUCAAGCCUGAGAGAGUCCAGAGCGGACAAAUCGAGUCGAGAUACAGUGCCAGACCAUGGCAGAGAAUCAGCGCCAGGCGCAGAGCUCAGCAGCGGAGAAGCGGCGGGCGGGAACGACCCUCGCGCCCUGCUUUGGCCCGCCUGGGUUUACUGCACCAGAUACUCAGACCGGCCUUCAUCCGGCCCAAGGACCCGCAGACUGAAGAAGAAAAAGAAGAGCCAGGCGGAGAAUAAGCGGCCCAGGACGGCGUUUACGGCGGAACAGCUGCAGCGGCUGAAGGCGGAGUUCCAGCUGAACCGCUACAUCACCGAGCAGCGGCGGCAGACCCUGGCACACGAGCUCAACCUCAACGAGUCGCAGAUCAAAAUCUGGUUUCAAAACAAACGCGCCAAGAUCAAAAAAGCCAGCGGCUACAAAAACUCACUGGCGCUGCAUUUGAUGGCGCAGGGACUGUAUAACCACUCCACCACCACCAUCCAGGACGACAGUGACUGAAAUACAGAGAGAGACAUGAAGCUGGACUAACACACACACACACACACACACACACUGCGUUUGUACUCUUGAUUAAAAGGGAGAGAACGCUGAACAUCAAUGCUUCUGAAAAGAAGUUUGAAAAACUCGUAUUAAAUAAUAACUAAUUAGUAUCUUUAUACACCUGUAACAUAUACUGUAGGGCCCUCAUAUAAUUUUUUUUAUCAUGGGGCUAUGUCUAUCUAUGUGUUUGUAUGUCUAUCGUUAUGUCAAUAUCAAUUACAUUUUUUUAAAACUCCAUCAGACUACCAGACUGGCAAAUAUCUCAGUCUCAUGCCAAAGAUUUUACCAGAUGGAAAGGUUGUAGGUUGUAAUUGAGCCUGAAUCGUACAGAGCAGGUGAAGAGAUUCCUUUGGGGAAAAUGAAAUGGAAGAUUGCUGCUUCAGUACAGUAUGGACAUCAUUGUGGGAUUUAAAUAACCUGACUAUCAGAAUACCAAUUAUAGCCUUCUAUUUGAGAUUUCAGACCUGUUGUGUCCAAAUAAACACUUUUAUAUACCCGGGAGAUUUUUUUUCUUCUUGUUAUAUGAUAAACUUGAAUAAAUGCUGUGUGUUCAGGGUGUAUGAAUAGGCUAACAUCAAUCUUGGAGACUCCAAUUCGUGUCUACUCAAGCAUAAAUUAUUUAGAGUAGUCUGAGGCUAUGCAAUUAAACAGGCCUAUCUGUACACCCGACAGUUGCCAUGCAGUAAAUAUUAUUCUUCACACUAUGCACACAGUAUAAAUUUAUAUUACACUGCAUACUGAAGUGGCAUUUAAGCUGCCUUUUGGUUGUUCAGUCUGCGCUGCUGUAUUUUGCAAUAGUAAUACAUUUAAGAGCUAAAAAUGAUCUCUGAAAGCUCUAUGCUCAAGUUAUUCUGUAGUUAAAGUAUCUC